UACUUGGGUAUGGUAUUAUGCGAUUGGUAGGAGUUGAAAUGUUCGUGCGAAGUCUGCUCUGACUUUUAUAAUCAAGGUUGACUACACAUUUUGGUAAGCCCAUACGUCAUCUUGGUUUUCAAAGUAAUAUCUCAUUUCAUACACAUGAAGAUUCUUACUGUCGGUCUAAUGAUUUAUUGUUUUAGCUCAAUAUUUCGAUUUUCUUUAGGGUUUAAAAUAUUCAGUUUAUUUCUUCAACCACAAGUCUCAGAUCAUGAUUGAAAAACUAUUCAUUGACAUCAAUGCAUGUAAUAUAAUAAGAUUCUACCACCAAGGAUAAAUAAUAAUCCCUCAAUCACUUAUUAAAUUGGCACGAAUCUUCCCAAACUGCUUAUAGAAACCACAAAUAGAAACAUAACAUAUUAAAAGAGAUUGGUUGCAGAUUCUGUUCUAUUUUUAAUGAUAAAAUGCGAUGAGUACAUCUCGGGAAACUGUAAUGUAGCGAAUAGAAACCGAACUUUUCUUUUAAUCUCAUAGCAGAGAUCAGAGCAUUAAGUGGCAAAUCUGAUGACCAGUCAGCAAACACGUGAAAGCUUCAAACAUCGAUGUGGUGUUUUCAGAACACGCUAAAGUUUAAUAAUGAGGUCGUGAGAUUUGGUUGAAGCUCUAAAAUGACUUAAUUAGAAGUUUAAGAAAAAGAGACCGUCUCGUUCUGUUGCCAACUUAUGUGCCAGUAUACGACUUCGUAACAUGACAACCAUGAAAUGUGUAGCUUUUACUCAAUAGUUAGCAAUAUUUUCCUUUGGAGUAUCGACUAAACAUUACAUAAAUAUUACUAUAAUACUGAUAUACGAUUAAGAAACAAAGAUAUACGAUUGGUCAAUAGUUAGUGUUCAUGCACGUACUGAUAUAUGAUGUCCAAUAAAUAGUGUAAUUAUUUCCACCUAAAACAGUAGACACUUAAUGAAAUCAUUGAUCUAGAUACAUAAAUGAACGUAACCAAGGACGAGUUACUGGUGGUACUCCUUGCGGUUGCAAGUACGACUCCGAGUUCGAUUCGUACUGAUCAUCAGGGAAUUUACAUGUAGACUUGUUCUGGUGUCCGAGAUCGAAGACCGUUUUUUGGCUAUGACCCACUCUCGCGCCGCUAAAGGUUCGGUCUCUACUCUAGACCAUCAACACUAGGACCAGAACACUCGGUUAUAUAAAAAAAAACAUAACAUGAAUCCAUGAUGACCGCUAAAAGACGAAGUCAUUUCAUGUUAUAUAGUUCGCAACUGUUUUUGUUUUCUUCCGUAUAAAUCAGUGAUUUGGUGGAUAUACGUUGAACUACUAAAAAAACAAGAUUAUAUUGCUGUAUAAUCCUUAUAAAUUACUUUGACUUGAUGUUGAACAGACAUGCUUUGUACACUCCCUCCUUUCCAUAAUAUAAUAUAUUUUUAAUUAAGAAACUUAAUUUUUAAAACACAAUAUUAUUAAAUAAUAUAAAUUAACCAAUCACAAAUAAUAUAGUAAAUUACUAUUGAUUAACCAAACUAAAAUACUUUAACAAUAUCAAAACAUCUUAUAUUUUGAAACAUCAAAACUUCUCUAAAAUAUUUUAUAUUCUAAUCUUUAAAUUAAUUUAUUUGAACUUUAAAAAAUCGUUAGAGGUAUGCUAAAAAGUAGCCAAAUUCAUUACUACUUUGUUGCUUAGAAACGUUAAUACUACUACCAUUAGGGUAAAGAUAAUACAUGUUCCAUUUCACAAAUAAACAAAAAUCAAAACUCAGGACAAAAUGUUUAUAUAUUAAUAUAUACAAUCUAAUCUCUUAUCGUUUAUAGUUAAUUAUGAGUACAAUGUUAAUAUUAAUAGACUGCAUGGCAAGCCCCUCGAUUACCACUCCAUAAUAUAUUGUUACAACAAUAUAUAUAGAUAGGAGGAGUUGUUUUUAUGGAACAAUUUUGGUGCAAAAUAUAUGACCAAACUAUAAUAUAGCUAGCUUAUACAAACCUUAUAAUAAUUAAGCUCUAAGAGAAAAAAAAGUUAUACUAAUUUCUCUCUCUAUAUACUGGUCAACAAAUAGAUGCGUGUCUGUCUAUAUAUAACAUAGAUGCAGGUAUUAGACAUCUUUGCUGUACAUUUUGGCUUGUACAUCUUUGACUACAAAAAUAAAAACAAAACAUAAGAAUCUAUACCAUCGGAUGAUGCCUAGUGGGAAGAGACCUCUUUCACCGGAACCAAUGGCUCAAAAAAGAGAAGAGAAGGAAGAUUUGUGUCGUUGCUCAACUUUGUCGGAGUCUGAUGUGUCUGCUUUUGUCUCUGAACUCACAGAUAAACCCAUCCCACCAUCCAUGGCUUCAUCUUCUUCAUCUCUUACCCCUCAAGAACAAAGAAUUUCGAGACAAGGAAACUACCGAGGGGUGAGGCAAAGACCGUGGGGAAAGUACGCGGCCGAGAUCCGUGACCCGAACAAGGCAGCUCGUGUGUGGCUUGGCACGUUCAACACCGCAGAAGAAGCAGCCUUAGCGUAUGACAAAGCCGCAUUUGAGUUUAGAGGCCACAAGGCCAAGCUUAACUUCCCGGAGCACAUUCUUAUCAACUCUACUCAUCAUUGCUAUCCAUCAACCGCUACUUCACAUGAUCCCAUUAUCAUUACGCCAGUUCCACCAGUUGCUCCUGACAUACUUCUUGAUCAAUAUGGAAAAUUUCUACAAGGGAAUAGACCAAGAUUGGAGGAGAGUGAAAACAUGAGUAUUAACAAACGAAGAAAAUAGCAUAUCCAUGCCUCAGGAGUAUAUUCCCCUCCCAUCCAACUUAUCAAUCAAACCGAUUCUGGGCACGGUCUAGUGAAAUAUUUGUCUUGACUCCCAAUUCUUUUUUUUUAAAUAAUAUAUAUAACCAUAAAUUUCCAAAUUAUUCAAAAAAUCAUUAUUUUUUUACUAAAUGUUUAUGGCUCUCAAAUUUUAAGCCGGCCAUACCGUCUAUGUAAUCAGGCUUUGAUUACUCUAUGAUUUCAUGUUUUGACACUGCAUUAUUAAUAGGGUCUUUAAAGAGUGAAGGGGUACAUUUAGGAUUCAGGCCUCGUGGAUAAAAGAUAACCUUUUGGGAUAUGAAGAUGACAGAAGGAAUGAAGAUGACUUGGAAGAUAAAGAAAGCUGUCUCGUACUCAUUCUAAUCGGUCAAGACAAAUGGUGUAACCAGUGAAACCUGACUAUGAAGUGAAGUCCAUGUAGAAGA